UUGGAGACGCGGGGGCGACCUUUGACCCGCGCUCGGCAGCCUCCGAGGCGGAGCAGCCGGGACUCUCGGAGAGGCGGCUGUGGCCGCGGGUCGCAGGCGCGAUGGAGGAUUCUGCUCAAGAGGCCGUGGCUGCAGCACCCUCCGGGACCCCGAAAUCCAAGCUAGAAACAUUGCCCAGAGAAGAUCUCAUCAAGUUUGCCAAGAAGCAAAUGAUGCUCCUACAGAAAGCCAAAGCAAGGUGUACAGAAUUAGACAGAGAAAUUGAAGAACUCAAAUCAAAACCUGUUGAUGGAGGAACUGAUGAUAUUAUUAAGGUACUAACUGAACGCUUGGAUGCUCUUCUUCUGGAAAAAGCAGAGACUGAACAACAGUGUCUGUGUCUAAAAAAAGAAAAUAUUAAAAUGAAGCAAGAGGUUGAGGAUUCUGUAACUAAACUGGAAGAGACACACAAAGAGUUUGAACAAUCACAUAGAAACUACAUAAAAGAAAUUGAAAGCUGUAAAAAUGAACUGAUAGCAGUGCACACAGAGCACAGCAAAGAAAAGGCCAUCUUACAUAAAGAACUGGAAGAAGCAGCCCGUAAGCACGUAGAGCUGAUAGAACAGCUUAAGGCUCAGAGUGACUCUGAGGAUAAUGUUAAAAAACUACAGGAAGAGAUUCAGAGCAUGACAGCAGCGUUUGAGGAACAGAUUUUAUGUCUAGAAAAGCAAUUAAAAGCUGCCAGUGAUGAAAAACAGCAAGAGAUUAUUCAUCUCCAGAAAGUCAUUGAGGACAAUGCUCAGCACUACCAAAAAGAUAUUAAUACUUUCCAAGAAGAGAUUGUGCAGCUGAGAGCAGCGCACAAAGAAGAAGUUAAUGAGCUGGUGUCUCAGAUGGAAACAUCAGCUAAAGAACACGAAGCAGAAAUAAAUAAACUAAAAGAGAACAGAGUGACACAGUGUGAGGCAAGUGAGAACAUUCCAGAGAAAUACCAAUGUGAACUGAAAAACUUAAAUGAAGGCACCCCAGAUGCUAGCCAGGAGAAUCAAAAUUGCUCUGUGGCCUUACAGGAAGAUCCAUUUACAGAACAAACAGUAUGUGAUAAAGUCAGACAAUUGGAAGAUUCAUUAAAAGAACUGGAAUCUCAACAUAGUAUCUUAAAAGAUGAACUGACUUAUAUGAAUAAUCUCAAGUUAAAACUUGAAAUGGAUGCCCAGCAUAUAAAGAAUGAGUUUUUCCAUGAACGAGAAGACUUGGAGUUUAAAAUUAAUGAACUGUUGCUGGCUAAAGAAGAACAGGGCUAUGUAGUAGAAAAAUUAAAACAUGAGCGAGAAGAUUUAAAUAGACAGCUUUGCUGUGCUGUGGAACAACAUAACAAAGAAAUACAGCGCCUUCAGGAACACCAUCAGAAAGAAAUCUCUGAACUAAGUGAGACAUUGAUGUCAGGUUCAGAAAAAGAAAAGUUAGCAUUGAUGUUUGAAAUACAGGGUCUUAAGGAACAGUGUGAAAAUCUACAACAUGAAAAGCAAGAGGUAGUUCUAAAUUAUGAGAGUUUACGAGAGAUGAUGGAAAUUUUACAAACAGAACUUGGAGAAUCUGCCGGAAAAAUAAGUCAAGAGUUUGAAACAAUGAAGCAACAGCAAGCAUCUGAUGUUCAUGAGCUUCAGCAGAAGCUAAGAACUGCUUUUAAUGAAAAAGAUGCUCUUCUUGAAACUGUGAAUCGCCUCCAAGGAGAAAAUGAAAAAUUAACAUCGCAACAAGAAUUAGUACCAGAACUCGAAAGUACCAUAAAGAACCUUCAGGCAGAUAAUAGCAUAUAUUUAGCCAGUCUUGGUCAGAAAGAUACCAUGUUACAAGAAUUAGAAGCAAAGAUAAGUUCUCUUGCUAAAGAAAAAGAUGACUUUAUAAGUAAAAUCAAAACUUCCCAUGAAGAGAUAGAUGAUCUCCAUCAGAAAUGGGAAAGGGAACAGAGACUGUGUGUAGAACUCAGGGAAGCAGCAGAGCAAGCCGCCCAGCAUAACAGUGAACUGAGACAACGAGUGAGUGAGUUAACAGGGAAGCUGGAGGAACUAGAAAGAGAAAAGAGCCAAAACGACCAAAGCAUCAUGGUUCAAAUGCAAACUAUGACUGAAGACCAAGAAGCCUUGUCAUCUAAAAUCAAGUCUCUCUAUGAGGAAAACAAUAGACUACAUUCAGAAAAGGUCCAGUUGAGCAGGGAUUUAGAAGCUCUUCAGUCUCAACAAGAUUUUACCUAUAAAGAACAUGUUGCUGAAUUCGAAAAGAAACUCCAGUUAAUGGUUGAAGAACGAGAUGAUUUAAAUAAACUGCUUGAAAAUGAGCGAGGUCAGAGGUCAUUUGUCAAAACUCAGUUGUAUGAGUAUCUUAAGCAAAUGAGGGCAAGCAUUUUAGAGGAAAAUGAAGAGGAAGAUGUUGUCAAACUUCUACAAGCUGUGGGUGAAUCCUUAGUGAAAGUACAGGAAGAAAAACAUAACUUGGUCUUUGAAUAUGAUGCAAGAGUAUUAGAAUUAGAAAGUAAGAUUAAGUGCCUUCAAGAGGAGAGUGUAGUUCAGUGUGAAGAGCUAAGGGCUUUAGUAAGAGACUCUGAGCAAGAGAAAAUUCUCCUAAGAAAAGAAUUAGAUGAAGUCACAUCAGCAAAAGAGACCCUGCAACUUGAUCUUCUAGAAAUGAAGAAUACUAAUGAAAAAACAAGCCUUGAAAAUGAGACUCUUUCAACUCAGGUUGAAGAAUUAUCUCAGACAUUACACAGCAAAAAUGAAGUCCAUAAUGAAAAGGCUCUUGUAAUAGAACAUGAAAACCUAAGGCUAUUGCUUGAACAGAGGGAAUCUGAACUCCAAGAUGUGAGAGCAGAAUUGACACUGCUAAAGGAUUCCUUAGAGAAAUCGCCUUCUGUAAAAAAUGAUCAACUUUCAUUGGUAAAAGAGCUGGAAGAAAAAAUAGAAAGUCUGGAAAAAGAAUCCAAGGACAAGGAUGAGAAAAUAAGUAGGAUAAAACUAGUUGCUCUGAAAGCAAAGAAAGAACUAGAUUCUAACAGGAAAGAGGCCCAGACACUACGAAACGAACUUGAAUCUGUCCGGUCAGAAAAGGACCGCCUGUCUGCCUCUCUGAAGGAGUUCAUCCAAGGAGCAGAAAACUAUAAGAAUCUUCUUUUAGAAUAUGAUAAGCAGUCAGAACAGCUGGAUGUGGAAAAAGAGCGUGCUAAUAAUUUUGAACAUCAUAUAGAAGACCUUACCAAACAAUUAAGAAAUUCGACUUGCCAGUGUGAAAGACUAACUUCAGACAACGAGGAUCUCCUGGCUCGAAUUGAGACCCUGCAGGCUAAUGCCAGGUUAUUAGAAGCACAGAUCUUAGAAGUCCAGAGAGCCAAAGGAGUAGUAGAAAAAGAACUGGACGCUGAGAAACUUCAGAAAGAGCAGAAAAUUAAGGAACAUGUCAGUACUGUGAGUGAGCUCGAAGAACUCCAGCUCCAAUUUCAAAAGGAAAAGAAGCAGCUUCAGAAAACAAUGCAAGAAUUAGAGCUGGUUAAAAAGGAUGCCCAGCAGACCACAUUGAUGAAUAUGGAAAUAGCAGAUUAUGAACGUUUGAUGAAAGAAUUAAAUCAAAAGUUAACAAACAAAAACAGUAAGAUAGAAGAUUUGGAGCAAGAAAUGAAAAUUCAAAAACAGAAACAAGAAACCCUACAAGAAGAAAUAACUUCACUACAGUCGUCAGUACAGCACUACGAAGAAAAGAACACCAAAAUCAAGCAGCUGCUUGUGAAGACCAAAAAGGAGCUGGCAGAUGCAAAGCAAGCAGAAACCGAUCACUUACUACUCCAGGCAUCUUUAAAGGGGGAGCUGGAAGCCAGCCAGCAGCAACUAGAUGUCUAUAAAAUUGAGCUGGCUGAGAUGACGUCCGAGAAACACAAAAUCCAUGAGCAUCUGAAGACAUCUGCAGAACAGCACCAGCGCGCACUGAGUGCGUACCAGCAGAGGGUGGCAGCCCUGCAGGAGGAGAGCCGCACUGCCAAGGCAGAACAAGCUGCUAUCACCUCUGAAUUUGAGAGCUACAAAGUCCGAGUUCAUAACGUUCUAAAACAACAGAAAAAUAAAUCCACGUCUCAGGCUGAAACUGAGGGAGCUAAACAAGAAAGGGAACACCUGGAAAUGCUGAUUGACCAACUGAAAAUCAAGUUACAGGACAGCCAAAAUAGCUUACAAAUCAAUGUAUCGGAGUUGCAGGCACUGCAAUCUGAGCAUGACACUCUGCUAGAGAGGCACAACCGGAUGCUGCAGGAAACUGUGGCCAAAGAGGCGGAGCUUCGGGAAAAGUUGUGUUCAGUUCAGUCUGAGAACACCAUGAUCAAGUCUGAACACACACAGACAAUGUGUCAGCUCACAUCCCAGAAUGAAGCACUCCGUAACAGCUUCCGAGACCAAGUUCGACACUUGCAGGAUGAGCACAGAAAGACAGUGGAGACUCUGCAGCACCAGCUCUCCAAGGUGGAAGCCCAGCUCUUCCAGCUCAAGAGUGAGCCAUCCACAAGAAGCCCUGCUUCUUCCCAUCAACCUUCAAAAAGCCUCCGAGAAAGAAGAACCACAGAUCUCCCCCUUCUGGACAUGCACACUGUGGCCCGAGAGGAGGGGGAGGGGAUGGAGACAACUGACACCGAGUCUGUGUCGUCGGCCGGCACACACAUUCAGUCCUUAGAGCAGCUCCUUAGCUCUCCCGACACCAAACCUGAACGUCUUACAGAGGCCUCCUUGUGGCAUAAUGAAUUUACCAAAGAAGAAUUGGCUGAGAAGCUCAGUUCCACCACGAAGAGUGCAGAUCACUUAAACGGCCUGCUUCGGGAGACAGAAGCUACCAAUGCCAUCCUCAUGGAGCAAAUUAAGCUUCUCAAGAGCGAAGUAAGAAGACUGGAAAGAAACCAAGAGCGCGAGAAGUCUGUGGCUAACCUGGAGUACUUGAAGAAUGUCUUGCUGCGGUUCAUUUUCCUGAAGCCCGGUAGUGAAAGAGAGCGGCUUCUUCCUGUGAUAGACACCAUGCUUCAGCUCAGCCCUGAGGAAAAGGGAAAGCUUGCCACAGUUGCUCAAGGGGUCCCUGCAAGCUCCACUGCUGGCAGAGAAAGGAACUGCAAGAGGCAAGAAAGAAAGUCAGUUCAGUAUGACUCAGCUGGUGCUGCUUCACACUCUGGAGUCCACACCAGGCAACUGGAGAUGGAUUUCAGUACGUUACAGCUGUGGAAAAACAUUCCCUGGUGAGGAAGAAAGCGCUCCUCGUUCCUCUGGAUGGGCAUCCUAUCUGCAUAGCUGGUCUGGACUGCGGUAAAUUGAUGGAAGAUUCUUUGGUGACUCAACAGAAAUUCCUUUGGAAAAAAAUGGAUAUCAUUAUUUGAUCAGGAAGUGUGCAUAUCUGCUCACAUCCCCUGAUGACUGUAUAUAUGUAUGGUCCGUGUAUUUAGACUCUCAUCCUAUACUAAAGGACAGCAGCUUGAAGCAAUGGUACCAACUGUCCAUUGCCCUCUAACUUAGCACGCAGCCUCACAGUCUCUGUGAUCUCCGUCCACAGGGGCAGCAGUUCAUUCCUGCACUCGGGAGCCCCGGGAGACACUCAUUUCUACGUAGUACUGUGAAUUUUGAUAGUAAACUAAAUUUUGGUACCAUACCAACUGGGGAACUUAAUCUUUUAAUAAUGUUUCAAGAUUGAGGAAAUGCUUUAUUGGUAAGGUUGCCAUGUUUAUUAAAGGAUUAUGAAGUAAAUAUGCUAUGGUUAAUUAUGAGGAUAAGUUAAAUUGCAAUUCAGUCAGUUGCUUUAAAAUAAACCCCCUCUCCCAUUUCUUAUUUUCACACUUGGCCCUAGUCCUGGUGAUGCGAGGCUGACUGAGCAGGUGGGCCCCACCUCAGCUGAUGUGUUCCAUGGUGUCUCCAGGCUUAGUAUGCUGCCACUGUUUGUAAGCCAUGAGUCGCUUUUGAGAAUUCCGUGUCUCGAAACUGUGACUGUCUUACUCAGCGUUAAAUCCACAUAUGAACCUGGUGCUUCCAGUAUUGUUCAGGUAGACUUACUUCCUAAGCAUGACCCCAGAGAACUCAAGCUCACUACUGCUAAAUAAGCCUAGCUGGAGGAGUGUCUCUGUCCUCAUGUCUCUGGAAAUACUGUAUUGACUAGAUUAAAAUUGUGCUCUUAAAUCGAAUUUGGGGAUUAUAUUUUAAUGUGUAAUUUGUUAAUAAAUAGCCACAUAGUGCUGUCUGGAGUAUUAAGCUUACGGUUUAUUCUCCAAUUUUCAGAAACUACUUGAGUCACUAUGAAUAUUGGUUUCCAACCUGGUUUGGCUGAAAUUUGCUGCUGAUAUGUCAAGUUUGUUCUCUUAAAGUUGUCCAUCUCUCAGUGUUCGCUCCUCCUGUGUUAGACAGACCUAGCAAGUAAAUGUGCUGUUCAAACACAUCCCUCUCAGAGCUGACUCUAGAAGGUGAGGUUCUCCACCUUCACAAGCUGUGAAUGUGACUAUGCCCAGUGGGAUCCCAUGUCAUUUUAGUAGUAGUUAAAUGAACUCCAUGUUUUCUUUGGGCCUAACAUGCCUUUUGAAGUCUGUAUAAACUUGUUUUCAAAUCUAAUCUGUUCAUAUGAAUAUAAUAAAAAUGCCUUUUGCAUGGUAAAAAUUACUUUGAUUACAAAAGACAUAUAUGCUUUUUGUGACCAGCAAUAAGGAACUGUAAUGACUGAUUUCUAUUAAAUGCACUUAACUAUAUAUUA